UUAGUAAAGAAGCAAUGAUAUCUUUCUCAGAAAAAAACUGUCUAAAAUUCCCUGUAAUUAGUGGUGAGGAGUCAAAGCAGAUUCAAGAAGAGUUAAAAAAAUUAGAAGAUGAAAAAAGCUUACAAAUUUUAAGCAG